GUAGAUGCACGAAGGAUGAAGGAACUUUAAAUCUGCCUCACAACUUUCACUGCCUCUCUCUCUCUCUCUCUCUCUCUCUCUCUCUCUCUCUCUCUCUCUCUCUCUUCCUCCUCCGCUGCUCCACAAGCGUCACAUCUCAAGAAGAUUUCUUCGACAAUGGAUUUACCGCAAUCACGAUCCUGUUGUGAAUGAUCACACCUUCAUCAUUAUCAUCAUUUUCUCCAUCUCCUUCUUCUUCUUCUUCUUCUUUUUCUUCUCGCUCUGCGGAUGCUCAUUAGCGUCGCGAGCCGCGAUGAUGGCAUCGAUAGGGGAAUUCGACCCUCUCAACACCAGAGUCCCUGCAACUAAAAUAGAAGUUACCGUCUCGUGCCGGAGUCUGCUGGAUGUCGACACAUUCUCCAAGUCAGAUCCAGUGGUCGUGUUAUAUUUGCAGGCCGUGGGAACCAAAGAAUGGAGAGAGUCUGGCAGGACAGAGGUAAUCGAUAACACUAGGAAUCCGGAUUUCGUCAGAAAGUUUGUCCUGGAUUUCUUCUUUGAAGAGAAACAAAAUCUACGCUUUGAUGUAUACAAUGUGGACUCCAGAAGCUGCAACAUAUCCAAACACAAGGACUUUCUGGGCCAGACCUUCUGUACCCUCGGAGAAAUCAUCGGCUCCACAGCAGGGCGGAUGGAGAGGACCCUCUCUGGGAUUCCAGGGAAGAAGUGUGGAGUCAUUAUCUUUGCUGCAGAGGAGCUCAGUAACUGCAGGGAUAUUGCCACCAUGCAGUUGUGUGCCAACAAGCUGGACAAAAAAGACUUUUUUGGCAAGUCGGACCCCUUCCUUGUUUUCUACCGGAGUAAUGAGGACGGAACGUUCACCAUCUGCCACAAGACGGAGGUGAUCAAGAACACACUGAACCCGGCGUGGCAGCCCUUCACCAUCCCCGUUAGAGCUCUCUGCAAUGGCGAUUACGACAGGACUGUAAAGAUAGAUGUCUAUGACUGGGAUCGAGACGGAAGCCAUGACUUCAUUGGCGAGUUCACCACCAGCUACAGAGAGCUGUCUCGGGGGCAGAACCAGUUCAAUGUCUACGAGGUUUUGAAUCCCAAGAAGAAAGGCAAAAAGAAGAAAUACGUCAACUCUGGAACUGUUACUCUGCUGUCCUUCAAAGUGGAGUCCGAGUAUACCUUUGUGGAUUUCAUCCGAGGAGGAACACAACUCAACUUCACAGUGGCUAUAGACUUCACAGCAUCCAAUGGCAACCCCUCCCAGCCCACUUCCCUCCACUAUAUGAGUCCCUACCAGAUGAAUGCCUAUGCCAUGGCCCUGAAAGCGGUAGGUGAGAUUAUCCAGGACUACGACAGUGACAAGCUCUUUCCUGCCUAUGGUUUCGGAGCUAAGCUGCCCCCCGACGGCAAAAUCUCCCACGGCUUCCCGCUGAGCGGUGAUGCUGAAAAUCCAAACUGUGUGGGCAUAGAGGGGGUUCUGGAGGCUUAUUUCCAGAGCCUGAGGACGGUGCAGCUGUACGGACCCACAAACUUUGCACCUGUUAUCAACAAAGUGGCAAACUGCGCAGCAGAGAUUACAGAUGGCUCUCAGUACUUCGUUCUACUGAUGAUCACAGAUGGAGUGAUAUCCGACAUGGUCCAGACCAAAGAGGCUGUGGUCAAUGCAUCAGGACUCCCCCUGUCCAUAAUUAUCGUAGGCGUUGGACCCGCUGAAUUUGAUGCUAUGGAAGAGCUGGAUGGAGAUGAAGUGAGGGUGUCCUCCAGGGGCCGUCUUGCCGAGAGAGACAUUGUACAGUUUGUCCCGUUCAGAGACUACAUCGACAGAUCCGGCAACCAGGUCCUCAGCAUGGCCCGGCUGGCUAAGGACGUCCUCGCUGAGAUCCCCGACCAGCUGCUGUCUUUCAUGAAGACCCGGGGAGUCGAACCGCGACCGGCCCUCUCCUCCUCGCCGCUACCGGAGCUGCACCGACACAUCUGACCCCAGACCCCCCCCACUGCCCGUCUCCGCCUCCCCAUCACCGACUCGCUCUGCCUCCGCUCACCUCCCAUACAGCCAUUUGUCAACAGGAGCAGAAGGAUCAACCCGGCGACUUGACCUCUUCUUGUCUUGUCUUGCCGGUGAAGCCAAAUGGUCAUAUCACAGCGACACAGCGGGCGCUCAUCCGUGACUGAUCUUUUCUUCUCUAACUCACACCGUCAUAUGUACACAUAUAUAUAUGU